GUUCAACACGUCUGUCCUUUUCUUUCUUUGCAGAUAUCCGUUUGCCGGAGUGUUUACAGGAUACAGCUUGAGAUUGUUAUAGAGUGCAAGAGCGGAUGUGUUCGGCGCAGCUUAGGCUCCUUCCACGUGGAGCUUUGAAUGCAAGCAGCAGCUCUUAGCUAGAGCUUCGACAGCACUCAGACACGGUGUCUGGAGGGUUCAAAAUGAAGGGAAUUGACAUUCUCCUCAAUCUCCUCAUCCCUACCCUCAUCAUCCUCCAUCUCCUCAUCGCUCCUUACACGAAAGUCGAAGAGUCCUUCAACAUCCAAGCUAUACACGAUAUUACCACCUAUGGCAUCCCAAUAGGGAAUAUUACCCGUGUUACUUCAAGUCUGCGAGAAGACUACGACCAUUUUUCCUUCCCUGGCGCUGUGCCACGGACAUUCGUUGGAGCUCUUGCGCUUGCGCAGAUAUCGAGGCCAAUACUCGCUUUAACUGGAGGGAAAUAUGCGCAAUUUGUUGUCCGAGCAAUUUUGGGGCUGUUCAAUGCUUUUACAUUGCUCUUCUUUAGAGCUCGGUUGGACAAGGCUUUUGGGAAGGAUGUAGGAAGAUGGUAUAUCUUGCUGCAGGCAGCACAAUUUCAUGUGAUAUUUUAUGCUUCUAGGACGUUACCGAAUACGUUUGCUUUUGGACUUACAACUUUGGCUCUUCGAGCUUUCGUCACAGAUAUCCAAGUGGAAGGCGCGAACGCCGAGAAAAGAAGGGGGUGGAGAGCCGAAUUAGAGAGAAGACAAAAAUGGGGGAUCUUCCUCUUCGUUUUCGCUGGCGUGGUAUUCCGUUCUGAAAUUGCAAUUUUGCUGUUCACGCAGCUCGUGGUGCUCUUCUUUAGGAAUAGGAUCUUCUCUUUCCAGACUGUUGUCUCCCAAGGCCUGACGAGCGCCAGCUUCGCCGUGUGGGUUACAUUCGCCAUCGACUCGUUCUUUUGGUGGAAGCCCAUUUGGCCCGAGCUGGCUGGCUUCUAUUUCAAUGCCAUUCAGGGGAAAUCUGCAGACUGGGGAACGUCACCAUUUAAUUACUACUUCAGCACGCUUCUCCCAAGGCUACUUCUCAAUCCUCUCAUCCUUAUGGUUCUUAUCCCGAUGGCAUUGAUGCUUCCUGCUACACGGUACCACACCCGGGACCUCACAUUGCCUUCUAUACUGUUCAUUGCUAUCUACAGUCUCCAACCACACAAAGAAUCCCGCUUCAUAAUCUACGUUGUCCCACCUCUUACGGCCACUGCUGCGCUCGGCGCCUCUUAUAUCUGGACCCGCCGCACCAAGUCUCCCCUCUACCGACUCGGCUCUCUCAUUCUCGUCGCCUCCAUUCUCCUCAGCCUCGUGGCAUCAACAGCCAUGCUUCUGAUCUCCUCUCUCAACUAUCCAGGCGGGCAAGCCCUCUCUCAAUUUCACGAUGUCAUCUCCCUCGCCACCUGGCCUUCCGAAACUUCCGCUCCCUACGAGACGAUCUCAGUCCACAUGGACAUCCUCUCCUGCAUGACAGGCGUAACACGCUUCCAAGAACUACCCUCCCGCAACGUCCCCAUCUCCAAAUUUCCAGUCAUCAACAACCGCACCGUCCGACUAUCCUACGAUAAAACGGAAGAUGAUGGAGAAUUGUUGAAUCCGGCAUUUUGGCAGAAGUUUGAUUAUGCCUUGAUGGAGGCACCCGAGAAGGCGAUUGGGAAAUGGGAGGUUGUGGGGACAGUGUUUGCUUAUGCUGGGAUUGAGUUCCUGAGGCCAGGGGAUGGGAGUAGUUUUGGAGAGAAUUUGGAGAAGGUUUAUGAGGCCAACAAGGUUACCAAGAUUGUUGAUGGAGAAGAAAGGGCACCCGAUAGUUCAGAUGUGGUGCAUGAGUUGGAGGAGGGGAAACACGGUGCGGGUUCUAUGGGUGAAGGAGAGAGGAGGGAGAAGGAAAAUUUGAAGGCUAAGUUGAUGUUUGGGGAGAUGGCGAAGUUUGGCACGUUUAAUCUGGUGAGGGAUGCAGUGAGGGGUGUCACUGGUGGGUGGUGGAUCGGUCCGAGGAUGGAACCGAAGAUUCGGAUUUUGAAGAGGGUGAAGGAACCUCUUCCGUUGUCAUAAUUUGAUGAAUCAAAUAUUCUACCACUCAGCCUAUUGGCAUUUAAGAGGGACUAGGGGUAGAUUCCGAGUGGAACUCGUGUCUUGAACUUUUCAUGGAUACUUUUCUCCUUUUCAUGCAAUACUUCG